AUGGCAUCACCGAUCUUCAUAUCAAAGAAACCCACUUCAUUGACCAGUGAGUAUUUUUUUCUUGGAACAAAAUACUAUGGGAAUUCAUUGAUUCGAAUAUCAAAUGGGAUUAAAACAUUGCAUCCAGAUCAUAUGAAGAAAUGGAUUCCGAUAUUGCUGCUGUCUAGUGUCACAUACGCUUUUGUGGAAGCUGCUAAACAUUGUGUUUCGAAGUUAAACUGCAGAGGAUGUGAGUACUUGAAGUGCGUUCUGGAUCCACAUAUGAUUGGUAUAUGUAUAAUACAGUUCUGUGUUUCAAGUUUCGAGACCACGUUCUGGCAAUCAUUAAACGAACUGGAUAAAAGAUAUCAUCUGCACAGUGGAACAGUUAAUCUACAAGGUAUAGGAAAACAACGAACAAGAACACUACAGUUCCAAUUACGGGCCACGAUAACGCAGCUUUUCUUGAUCAUGACAGUAUCAUGGUUUCCAAGCAUCGCAUGCCAUGCCAUAAUUUCAAUUCUUACAUUCAACCAAUUAUCUCAUCGGUUCGGUACAGACAUCUCAUUUUUAGUAUGCUCUCUCUUGUUGUUGUUCCCACCGAUGUGGCAAAUAAAGUUUUUGUCUCAUUUCUGUUCGUUCAAUCUGUUGAUCAGAGCGUCUUUAGCACCGUAUUUCAACAAGACAAUGCUACAGAAGAGUGAACGACACACGUGGAUUCAGUCAAGAAGCGGAAUCUUGUACGGAUACAUGCUUCCCUUCUAUCUGAUGAUUAUCUCAACUUCUUACUUAUCUAUGAUAGUGUUUUAUCUAUCACAUGUCUCUGGUCUACCAGAACUGAUUAGAGACCUUACAGACCCAUUCCCCGACCCAUACCUACCUGGCACGAUUCAGAUGUCAAUAUGGAAUUCGAAACAAUCUCUUUGGUCCAAUAAUAAAUUGAAAACUAGCGAUAGAGAGAAACGAGACUCUGACUCAGAGUGA